UCGAAAUAUUUUCACAAGAAGUCUGUUUUCAUUUUCUCUUCAUUCAAAUUCCAACAAAUCAAUUGAAGAAAUUUUUGGUUCAACAUGGCAGUUAGAUUCAAUUCAACUGAGAAAUUGAUUCGUGAAAUUUUAGAUUUAGUAGAAUGUCGAGAUGAACUGAAAGAUUCUGCAAGAACUCUUGGUUGUCAUCUCAGUCUCAUAUUUAAUGAGUGCCUGGAAGAAUGUUUCAACUAUAAGGAACUUUUAUCAAACAAAUCUAUAUUGAAAAUUGAUAGUAUUAUUGAUGCGAUUGAUGAUGCAAUAAAUAUUGGACAUUGGAGUGAUAUAUCCGUUGAACUAAGGAGAGUUUUUACUUUGGCUAGUUUUGUUAAAACUCUCUUCUACUUGAGGUCUCAUAAAACCAAUAUGAAAAUAGAAAAUUUGAGGGAAGCACUUCAGUACGUAGAUAGAGGAUUACUUAUGGGUGCUCCAUUUGAGAUUAAUUCAGAACUUUUGACGAAGGUUGCUGAAAUGCUUACUACUCACAUCAGAAAAUAUUUCAAUGAAAAUAUCGGGCCUCUUUAUGAGGAAGCGGCAGUAAAAACUGAUUCUUGUAAUCAUAAAUUUUUAUUUGAAAAUAUCAAAGCAUGUGAGGUUGAUAGUUUGGUUUUACCAUCACUAGAGCAAUUUAAUAGAUUAUAUUUUGAAACUCAACAUCCUGUCAAGUUGCAAGGUUGCAUUGACCAUUGGCCUGCAAAAAAAAAGUGGAAAGAUUUGCAGUAUCUGCUACAAAUUGGGGGUGAUAGAACUGUACCUGUUGAGAUUGGCACCCAAUAUGUUGAUGAGAAUUGGUCUCAGAGAUUGAUGACAAUUAGGGAAUUUGUUGAAAAAUAUUAUUUCAAAAAUGAAGGAGAAAUGACUGGAUAUAUUGCCCAACAUAAUUUGUUCGACCAGAUUCCUGAAUUGAGGGAAGACAUUUGCAUACCAGAAUAUUGUUCUCUCAGUAAAGAUUAUGAUAAAUCUUGUGAUCCAGAAAUAAACUGUUGGUUUGGACCUGCUGGGACUGUAUCAUCUCUACAUCAUGAUCCGAAAAACAAUUUUUUAGUUCAGGUUUAUGGGAUGAAGCAGAUUUUGCUAUUCGCACCUCAAGAUACUCAGUAUCUAUAUCCUUUCGAAGGAUCUCUGCUGAGUAAUACAUCUCAAGUAGACCCUUUGAUUCCCAAUCUAGAAAUAUACCCAAACUUUAUUCACAGUAAAAUGUUCAAAUGUUUGCUAAAAGAAGGAGAAAUGCUUUUCAUACCACAAAAAUGGUGGCAUUAUGUCGUAGCUCUAGAUAAAAGUUUUUCAGUUAGCUUUUGGUGGCAGUAAAGAAAAAAAUAUGAUGUUAAGUUCUUUCUGUAAAAUAUUAUUGAUGUAAGAAGGAAUUGUUGAUUAAAAAUAACAGAGUAGUAUAAAAAUUACCUAUUCAAAAAUCAAUUUUAUAACUUUAAUGAUUUAUGUAACCAUAUCAUUGAGAAACAAACUACCAAGAACAAUUUCAAUACAUUAAAAUAUAUACAAAAUAAAACGCAAAUGAAAUACUGAGUUUAGAAUCAGGCCA